UGCCGGCCUGUUUGGAGCCCGGUUCCCCGGGUCAGUAUCUCCCACGAAUUGCCAAAACACCAGGGGAACGCUCCCCCGAGCCGCGACCCCGGGCAGGUUUCCCCACGGACGGGGCAUCCGACCGCGACGACCUCCCGCCGCCGCCGCGACGAAUCUCUGGCCUCCCACUACCGCCGCGACGUCCAGCUUUGUUCUACUCCAAGGUCCAGCUCUGGCUUGCCGUCCUCCGCCCGUACUCCACGCUACUGGAUCUCUAGCUUGCUCGUACGGGAUCUCUGUACUCCACGCUACUGGCUUGAGCCAUGGCAAAGAAUGUUUCUAGGGCAGCUUGGAACACUGUGUAUGAGAAAGGUCUGGUUGAUGUGCUCCUUGAACAUAAGGACAACCCAAAGUUCAAAAGUCAAAAUGGUUGGACUGCUGAGGGAUGGAACAAUAUCACAAACAAGUUCAAUGAGAGGUAUCCUCUUGCCCAUUACUCCAAACAGCAAAUGCAAGACAAAGAUAAGGAGCUUAAAUCUCAUUACAAGGCAGUAAGAGAUUCAAGGAAAGAAAGUGGGGUGGGUUGGAAUGAUUCCCUAUGUAUGAUAGUGGCUGAGCCAGAACUUUGGGAAAAGCUCAUCCUUGCUCACCCAAAGGUAGCGAAGUACCAAAAGAAGCCAUUUCCAUUGUACUACUCUUUGGAAGCCCUCCACGAAGGUAGUGUGGCCACAGGAGAUUUGAAUUUCACAUACACUCAGCAAAUGCCACCUCCUUCUUUCAUUCCUGUUCGUCCUCUUAAUGCCCCUCCUGGUGGCCCUCUUGCUGCCCCUCCUAGUGGCCCUCUUGCUACAGCUUUCGGUUCUGCUACUGCUCAUUCGAACAGGAGUACCUCUGAACAAAGCCACUCUCCCUUGCACCCCAACACAAACCCAUUCUCCAUGGAUUUCCAAGAAAUAUCAAAUGAAGCUCAAUCAGGACAUGUAGAAGGUGGAAAUGGGAGAAAGCGCAAGCAAAGCCAAAUUGGAGCAGCCAUUGAAAGUUUUGUGGAUUUUAAGAGGAGCGCCACAUCCAAAACGCUCGAAGGUAUUGAAGAAGUGUCUAUGGAAAAGUGUCUAGACAAGUUGGAUAGAAUUGAUGGGUUCACAGAUGAGGAUAGAUCAUAUGCAAUGGAGGUCUUUGAAUCUGCGAUAAACCGAGAGGUGUUUAUGAAGUCAAAAAACCACAAUGCUAGAUUACUUUGGUUGAAGAGGAAAAUUAGUGCUUGUAGAGCGCUCACUACUAUCAUGUGAUGUGAGGUGAAUGUGGCGAUGAAGAGAUAGGCUUACAGGAAUUCACUGAAUAAAACAAUACGCUUGUUCUUGCACAAGAAUGCCAAUAUGUUUCUUAUCUUAUUGUAAUGAAAAGGUCGUUUUGAUAUUAUUGAGCUGUUCAAGUUUUUGAAAAGGAACUGUAUGAGCUUAAGAAAUGAUUGUCUAGGUUACAUUGAAACAUAGAACUGUAUGGCUGGUACAAACGAAAUGUGUGGCUGGUACAAGUUUCUAAAGUCUUGUUCCUGGUGCUGACAAAUUAAUGAAGUAUUUGCUAUUUUUCUAAAGACUUGUUCCUGGUGCUGACAGAUUAUCCUGGUGCUGACAGAUUAAUGAUAUAUUAAUGAAGUCUUGUUCUUGAAUUCUGUUUCAACUUUCAUUAGUGGAACUAGAAUAAAAGGAGGAGCCUUUGCUAUUUUUCUGAUUUUAGUGCAUUAACACAGGUUUUUUUACAGAAUUUAUUCAAUGAAUUUAUUCAGUGGAAGCAACACAUAUGAUAUUCUAGUUUUUUUCAGUGGAAGCAACACAUAUAGUUUUUUCUAUGUUACUAGCAUUGAACUAUAUAAUUGUGUAACCAUAUAAACUAAAAUGUGUGUCAAUUGGUUUUACUUGCAGUGUGUUAAGUGGAAGCAACACAUGAAGCAGAUAUGGAGAAGGAAGCUGGCAUGAAACUAAAACGCAUUAAGUUGACACGUGGUGUGCAUGUUUUAGAUGUCUUAUUCUACUGCCAAACUUCCUAAUACUCUAUUUUUAUAUUAUAAUGUCUAUCUGUACGUGUGAAUGGAGAUAAUGAUAUUAUGUGAUGUGAUGAUGGAUGGAUUAGCUUCGUUGAAUAUUACAUGAUAUUAUGUGAUGGUGAUAUUAAGUGGACAUUGCAGUGUUGAUACAUGCUUCAUAUUUCUGGAUUUUUA